AUGGCUUCAACCAAUUCUUCUGUCGAUGGGUGGGAUUUGAAACCUGAUGGUGAGGACCUUGAAGCUGCACAUCCAAGGAGGCAAAGUUUUAAGGGAGAUGAUAUCGCAAAUCCAGAGGUAUUGAAUGAAUUGGAAACUUGCUUUAGAAUCUCAGAAAGGUUCGCCAAUCUACGCAAAAAGCAAGCAAAAGAGCGCGAUUGGCAGAACGCCUUGCAAGAACAUAUCUUCACAGCCUACCAAAGUAACGACGGUGGUUCCGACCCUUUCAAAGAAAGCAACAUGCAGCGACGCUGGGAGCUACAUCAAGAAACUCACUGGACUGAGUUCAACCAAUCAUCCCCAUCUGACUUCCGAGACGGCAAAAGUACCUUGACAUAUCCCGUACCGGACUUUACUUACGGAUUCCCCAUUAUCGAUAUCACUGACCCUGUCUACGAACCAUAUCUAAAGCACCGACUGAUCGAGAACUUCUCACUUCCAACGCUCCACAAACUCCGAGAAGCCAGUGUGCUAUCCUCGCCGCGGAAGGCCUUAGCGCAAUGGAAAUCUUCAAAGCCCACAAACGACCAAAUGGGUGGUUCAGAUCUCAUGUGCUUCCCCUGGGCUGUCGUUGAGGUAAAGUCCGCUGCCAAGGACGCCAGCAUAGAAAGGAUGUGCUAUUGCCAGGCUGCGAAUGCUUCUGCUGCGGCCCUUAGCAUACGGGAGAAGCUACAUUUAGCUUCGAAAAAGAGUGACCCUAAACUUGAGGCUCUCGUCAUCUUCUCUUUCACGUGUGUUGGUACGCAUGUCAAGCUCUGGCUCACAUACACGUCUCCAGAGGAGAAAGUCGUUAUGCAAUGUAUAUGGGCAACCUCACUGGAGAUUUCUUGGGGUGUCUUUGUCCUACGCAUGGUCCUCAAGAAUAUGCAGGAAUGGGUAAACCAAGAGGUCAGGCCCGAGCUUGCCCGAUGGAUUGAAGGAGCCCGGGGAUGUACAACACCCAAGGUUUUUCUGAGUUCCGGCGGUGGCUUGAUAGAGCGAAGCAGAAGAUCUGCAUCCCACGAGUCGCACUCCGAACGUCCGACAGACAGUCCUUCUUUGCGAAAGUCCUAUUCUUCUCUGAAAUACGUCGCAAAAUAUUCCCAAGAGACUAGCCAGAUGAUUCGCUCUGCUGCGCCAAGUCCAAUGUUGAGUAGUUUUUCGAGCGAAUACGAAGACGAAGACGAGGAAGUAGAAGAAUAUGAUGAUUACAAAGAUGAAGACUAUAAUGAGGAAGAUGAAGACAGCGAGAACUCUGUGGACGAAGGCUACUAUAGCUCACAAAAGAAAAAGACGAGAAAGAAAGUCACACCCAUUGCGUCGCGGCAGAGUCAUCAUUCGGGCCUCACUCGCACAACGGUGAUAUGUUCGAAAUCAGAUGACAAAGGCAUUGUGAAUAAAAUUUCUUCACUUUCCUUCUCAGGCAAGAAAAGGUAA